AUGAGUUUCUCAGACGACGAAGACUUUAACGACAUCUACGGUGACGACUCCAAUGACGCCUCCAACACCACAUCGACAACAACUGCCACUACGGCAGCUGCUGAACCCGCAAAGUCCGAAUUAACAAACGAUUCAGCUCCGGCUUCUAACUCUGCAGAAACGGCCACCAAUGAAGGUUCGGCUGCAGCGGCUCCAGUUUCGUCCGGAACCUCGUCUUUGGACCAAUUGGCGGCACUUCAAGCUCUGUCUUCCAACUUGAAUCAACUCCAACAAGCCGCCAACGGUGGAGCUGCUUCAACCGAGACCCCACAGCAGCAGCAGCAGCAACCAACGCAAGGUCAGACGUCAACUCAAAUUCAAGGCCAAUCUAAUGACACAGCAUCUUUGACUCCAACUGGCUCUUCUGCGCCAGCCCUUCCAAGCAUACCUAGUAUGCCUGGUAUGCCAGGGAUGCCAGGGAUGCCAGCAAUGCCCGGGAUGCCAAAUAUGCAACAAUGGCAACAGCUUCAACAGCUUCAGCAAAACAUGCCUCAGUUUCAACAGGCUGCUUCUCAAGCUGCUAUUCAAGAGAAGACCAACAAGGCAGACCUUUCGCGUGACAUUUGCAAAAUGUUCAUUGGUGGUCUGAAUUGGGAGACUACAGAAGACAACUUGAAAGACUAUUUCACCAAAUACGGUGUAGUCACCGAUCUCAAGAUUAUGAGAGACAAUGCAACGGGCAGAUCCAGAGGUUUUGGAUUUUUGACCUUUGCAGAAGCUUCUAGUGUAGAUGAAGUUGUAAAGACCCAGCACAUUCUUGACGGUAAGGUCAUCGAUCCCAAGAGGGCCAUUCCCCGCGAAGAGCAAGACAAGACGGGUAAGAUUUUUGUAGGUGGAAUCGGUCCGGACGUUAGACCAAAAGAAUUUGAAGAGUUUUUCUCUCAAUGGGGGACUAUCAUAGAUGCGCAGUUAAUGUUGGAUAAAGAUACUGGUAGAUCUAGAGGUUUUGGAUUUAUUACUUAUGACACUCCAGACGCCGUCGAUCGCGUUUGUGAGAAUAAGUUUAUCGAAUUUAAAGGUAAGAGAAUAGAAAUUAAAAGAGCAGAGCCAAGGCAUUUGCAGAAGCAGAUGCAGCAACAAAAGACGCAGACUUUUGGUGGCUCAUCUCAGUUUAAUAUGUUUCAAAACCCAAUGAUGGGGAGCUUCAAUCCUAUGUUCAAUCCUCAAGCUAUGGCAGAAUAUUAUAAUAAAAUGCAAGAAUACUACGCUCAAAUGCAGCAGCAAACUGGCGUCGAUUAUAGUCAAAUGUAUCAACAGCAAAUGCAGCAAAUGCAACAGAUGAUGGGUGGCAUGAUGCCUGGAAUGGGUGCCAUGCCUGGUAUGCCAUCUGGUCAAUCAGAAACGCCAACCCAAGAAUCUUCUGACGUUCCUACAAUUGGAUCUGAAGAACGAUUUGAGGAAGGAGAUGAUAAUGGAGAGAGAGAUGUGGACAGAAGAGCAGCUUCUCCUCCAAUCAAUGCUCCAAGAGGUCCUCGCAUGGGUGGCUCUCGUGGAGACAACCGUGACGGUGGUCGCGAGUUCAAUCGCGAUAGUAAUCGUGACUAUAAUCGGGACAAUAGCCGGGACAACGGUCGCGAUGGAAGCCGUGAUGGAAACCGUGGAAACUAUCGAUCGGGAUUCCGUAACCGUGGUGGUCGCAGUGGAUACCGUGGCGGACGCAGUGGUUACUCAAGGAGAAACAACAACGGAUAUCACCCAUAUUCUACUUAA